GAAAUGGUGAUCCGCUCGGGGUUGCCAGGGCAACCGGUACGAUGGCGGGCGGGUAACCGGGAUAUUCGGCGGCGAGCGCGUCGUACACGCCACGGCGGCGACGCGAACGCGAGCGCACAACGGAACGAACGAGGUCGACAACGAAAUGUAGGCUUAUCAUCAGUUCCCGCUUUGUGCCGGCCGUUCAAAUUGUCCGUUCCUCCUUGUUUGGAAACUCCGUAAGUACAAUGACAGUUAAUGGCCAGCACUACUGUCUGCGAUGGAACAAUUACCAAUCAAAUAUGACCUCUGUGUUUCAUCAGCUUCUUCGAAAUGAAUCAUUUGUUGACGUUACUCUUGCUUGCAAUGAGAGCACACUUAAAGCACACAAAAAACUAUUGAUGGAUAACCCAUGUAAACAUCCAACCAUUAUACUGCCUUAUGAUGUUUGUUUUAACGAUCUUAAGUUCAUAAUAGAGUUUGUGUAUAGAGGUGAGAUUGAUGUGUCUCAAGCUGAAUUACAAUCUCUUCUCAAGACAGCUGACCAGUUAAAGAUUAAAGGACUAUGUGAAGUGCCUGAAGAUGAACGUGAUACAUCUAUUGUUGCGGAAGUAACUCCUCUAGGACCAUUAAAAAGUGGCGGAAGAGUGUUCACAAAAUUACAACGCAGAACUUCUCCUUAUUCAAAAAAAUUGAGCCCUAAUCAAAUUCAGCAGGAUCAGUUUAAUCGGAGUUAUUAUCGAAUUGAACAAUCUGGUUAUGGGCCUAUCAGUGUUGAUCAAGAAAACAAAUCUAUGAAUACUAUUCAUUGCAUGACUGUAGCAACAUCAACUGAAGAUGAUGAGAAAGAAAUGAAGUCGACACUAACAGAUUUACCAGUGGUCAUACUAGAGCCACAUCCUACACUAAGUUUACAAUCUCAACAACAGUCCCAGAUAGUUCACAUACCUCUACCACAACAGCAACCACAGCAAAUGAGCCAUGUAACACAACAUACAAAUCAAUCACAGUUGCAGCAAGCUGCUGUUCAAACCCAUUCACAAAUGAUUAUCACAACAGGUCCAGUUAUGACAGUAAAUGAAGCUGAUAUUACGCCGGAUAUACAGCCUGUUGGUCCAAGGGCAACACCUGUACCAGUAAAAAAUAAUACAAGUCCCUCAUCAACUCCUACACAUAGAGAUAUGGCUGUUGGUACAUCGUGUUCAAAUGAUAUGAUGAGAAGUGAUGGAAGUGAAGGAAAAUUUGAAAGUGCUAAAUUUGAAACACUUCGUACUAUUGAUCAAUCAUCAGAUGCAAUUGGAAUAGAGAGACAACAUUCUAAUGACCGUAAUAUAAAUGAUGAAGACAAUUCAAUGCAUACAAUGAUGAUAACACCUGAACUUUUGGGCUUACUACCGAAUUCUUCUAAUACAGGAGAUGUCAGUGAAGAUGGUUCUAGUAACAAUAUUAGUAAACCGUAUGGUACAAAUAGUGGCAAAGGAUGGACAGCUGAUGAUAUGGAAAACGCCUUAGAGGCAUUACGUUCACAUAAUAUGUCUUUGACUAAAGCAUCCAUAACAUUUGGGAUUCCUUCUACAACAUUGUGGCAGCGAGCUCAUCGAGCUGGUAUAGAUACUCCUAAAAAAGACGGACCAGCUAAAUCUUGGAAUGAUGAAGCUUUAAACAUUGCAUUAGAUGCUCUCCGCACUGGAACUAUUUCUGCAAAUAAAGCUAGUAAAGCUUAUGGCAUACCUAGUAGUACAUUAUACAAGAUUGCUCGGCGGGAAGGCAUUAGAUUAGCGGCUCCAUUCAAUGCGGCACCAACAUCUUGGGGUCAAGAGCAGUUAGACCAGGCAUUGCAUGCUAUACGAACUGGUCAAACAACUGUGCAACGAGCAGCAGCCGACUAUGGUAUACCUUCUGGUACACUGUAUGGCCGGUGUAAGCGCGAGAAAAUUGAAUUGUCCCGCAGCAAUCCUACCCCAUGGUCUGAGGAAGCUAUGAUGGAAGCUUUGGAAUCCGUGCGAUUAGGUCAUAUGAGUAUUAAUCAGGCAGCUAUACAUUAUAAUCUACCUUAUUCUUCGUUAUACGGACGUUUCAAAAGAGUGAAAUAUGGAGCAGGACAUCCAGAUGAUGAUUGUGAUGAUAUGAUUGAUUCAGAUACACAAGGCGAACAACAGCACAUUCAACAACAACAACAACAACAACAACAACAACAGCAGCAACAACAACAGGCGAAUCAGCAAGUUCAGGCUACACCAGUGUCCCAAAUAAUGUUGGUUCAAUAUCCAGCGCCACAGAUUCAAAUGUACCAACAACAUCCAACUCAUUCAACCACUAGUUGAGAUGAAGUAAAAUACUUGCAGCCAUUGUGAUGUGUUUGAACUGCAAGUAUUCACUGUAAUAAUUUAUAAGUCUGAUGGUUGUAUUUUUUUUUUAAAAUUUAUCUGUGAUAUUUAAACAGCGAAAACAUUUUUGUUAUUCAAUGUUUUUAUUUGAUCUCUUAUAAUGUCUGUUGUAGGUUUUUAUGUAAAUAUUAAUAUUAAAUUGACAAAAUUAUAAUACUAUUUUAGUACACUGUAGUUUAUAUAUUGUAUGUAUUUUGCAUUACAAUAUAGUGAACAUAGUACCUAAAUAAAAUAAUAAUAAGAUCCAAAAUAAAAAGACUAUGUAAGUGAAA